CUUCCUGUGCCCCACAGUCUCAAUUUUUCUCCAGCAUCUGGAGGCUGUUCAUUGCACCAAGACAUCUUUGGAGAUACUUAUUCUGGGAUUCAGGGUGGGGUGCAGAGGAGGACGCUGCAGAGGCGCGGACUGCAGGGGGCAACCUGUGAAGCUGCUCCCCAGGUGUGUCCUCGCCCCUGGACACGCGGAAGUGGACCGCUGCAGUUUUACUGUCCUAUAGUGAUUUCCCACCUUUCAAGAAUUUUCCGAAGACAUACAGCUCCCAGGUAGAGUGAGGCUCAAGUACUGCCUUGGUCCACAAUGGCUAGGGAAUCGAAGGAAAGCGCAGUUUUGGACGCCCAGUCUGCAGAGGACCGGACGGGGAUCCUGACCGUGAAGGUGGAAAAAGAGGAUGCCUCUGUCUUGGCUGCAGAGGGGCGCGCCCCAGGCAGCCCGGCUCCAAGCCCCGAACACUCCCGGCGACACUUCCGAGGCUUCCGCUACCCAGAGGCUGAGGGGCCCCGCGAGGCGCUGAGCCGACUUCGGGAGCUCUGCCGACUGUGGCUGCGGCCUGAGACGCACAGCAAGGAGCAGAUGCUGGAGCUGUUGGUGCUGGAGCAGUUCCUGACCAUCCUGCCGACGGACCUGCAGAGCUGGGUGCGGGAGCAGCAUCCGGAGAGCGGGGAGGAGGUGGUGGCGCUCUUGGAGUAUCUGGAGAGGCAGCCGUAUGGGCCGAUGCCGCAGGUCCCAGGUGGUGGCCAGGGUCAAGAACUGCUUUGCUGCAAGAUGGCAGUGUUGACACCCAUUCAGAGGCCACAAAAUAUCCAAUUCCAGCCAGUGAAGGCUCUGCUCAAGCAUGAAUCUCUGGGAUCCAGUCCAGACAGAGUUCUCCAGGUUCCAAGGCUUGUCCCUGGGGGGCACUGCAGAGAAGAUGCCGUGAUAGCCACCAGGUUCGCCCCAGGGUCCCAGGGGCCAUUUAAAAUGGAAGAUGUGGCACUGACUGUUUCCCCUGGAUGGACACAGCUGGAUUCAUCUCAGGUGAACUUGUAUGGAGAUAAAAGGCAGGAGACCCGUGGCAGCCUGACCUCCUUGGGUGGUGUGGUGCAACCGAAGAUCAGAGAGCUGCCUCCAGAUGAGGAUCAUCCAACACAGGAGCCUGGGCAGAUACCACGCCACCUGGGUGAAGCCACUGGCCAGAUUCCUGCUUGUGCAGAAGCUGGUGAACAGGAGGGCAGGUUACAAAGAAAGCAGAAAACUGCCACAGGAAACAGGCGGCACUAUUGCCAUGAAUGUGGAAAGACUUUUGCUCAGAGUUCAGGCCUAACCAAGCACAGGAGAAUCCACACUGGGGAGAAACCCUAUGAAUGUGAGGACUGUGGCAAGACCUUCAUCGGAAGCUCUGCUCUCGUCAUUCAUCAGAGAGUUCACACUGGUGAGAAGCCAUAUGAAUGUGAAGAAUGUGGCAAGGUCUUCAGUCACAGUUCAAACCUUAUCAAACACCAGAGAACUCACACUGGGGAGAAGCCCUACGAGUGUGAUGACUGUGGGAAAACAUUUAGCCAGAGCUGCAGCCUCCUUGAACAUCACAAAAUCCAUACCGGGGAGAAGCCCUACCAGUGCAACAUGUGUGGUAAAGCCUUUAGGCGGAAUUCACAUCUUCUGAGACAUCAGAGGAUCCAUGGCAAUAAAAACCUUCAGAAUCCUGACCCUGGACAGAGCUGGGAGAGUCAGGGGCGGAAGGAAAGCCAGUGGGAAAAUGUUGAGGCUGCUAUGUCUUAUAAAUGUAAUGAAUGUGAGAGAAGUUUCACUAGGAAUAGAAGCCUUAUUGAGCAUCAAAAAAUCCACACGGGUGAGAAACCCUUUCAGUGUGAUACAUGUGGAAAAGGCUUCACCCGAACUUCAUACCUUAUUCAACAUCAGAGAAGCCACGUUGGGAAAAAAAUUCUAUCUCCGUGACCCAUGUCUUACAUGCCAGAGUUGAUGUUCCUUCCUCACUGAACUGAAGCCACCCUGGAACCCUUGCUGACUAGAAAACUGAGCUGAGCUUUAUUUCCCACCACGUAUCAUCAGGUGUUUGUUAGAAAAUAGAGUCUGAGAUGAAUCAUCUUCUACAACCUAGAAGGUGAUUGAAAAAAAAAAAAACUUGUUUGAUAGGAAGCUAUGGGAACAUUGUCUGGAAGAGGUUGGGCCUGAAAUAGUUCUCACCUUUUAGACUUAAAUGGGCUUCCAGGCUGUCUAAUUAAUCACUCUCAGCCAGCAUUUUAUGAUGUCUCUGGGUGGAUGGCUCUCUGAUUUGGGUGGCUGGUGUUCUGACUGUUCAUUUUGCGUAUAAUUAAUCCCUCACCUGUUGGUUGGAUCAGUGAUGUCUUAUCCCCACCCCACUGUGCCUUGUAUACAGGUGCUAUAAACAUUUAUUAAAUAUACCAGUGAAACGACCUUCAUAGCUCUGAAAAUCUAAUGUUUGCAUUGCUGAUGACUUUUUAAGGCCACUUGUGCUUGUCUAAUUCUCUGAGGGUCUAGAUUCUGGGUCAAUCUAGUAUAUUUAUUGCCAAGUACAUAAGAUUGUCAGAGUUGGGGUAGUGUGUGUGUGUGUUAGUUGCUCAGUCAUGUCCAACUCUUUGCGACACC